CGUUUUCACAACUGUGACCUUGACCGACAUGCGCACUUGUCAAAACAGCCGGUAAAAACCGGUGUUUACAUUGUGUUUCGUUCAUUGACUAUAAACUAGAGGAUUAAACUAUAAACGUGAGUUCAACAGCUGUAAAAACCUUAAUAAAGCAAUGACAGCAACAGUGUCUACGCUAAAUCGAUGUCUAGCGAUCGGAAGAACUGUUUCAAGUACCCGACUGAGUUGGUGUGUCAGGAAAUUUCACGCGCUCAGCCAAGGAAACGGGAAAAUUGUGCUUUGCUCCCAGAAACGUUCUAUGUACAGACAGUUUGUUGAUCAAGCCGCUAAAACGAUGGCGUCGUUCGCUGGAAAAGACAAGGACUUGAUCUUUCGUCAGUUGCUAGAAUACAAGUCAUUCACAUACACAUAUCUGCUUGCCGAUCCAGACACAAAGGAAGCCAUCCUGAUCGACCCAGUCCUGGAAACAGUGGACCGAGACGUGAAGAUUGUGAAAGACAUGGGACUGAAGCUUUUAUAUGGAGUGAACACACAUGUGCAUGCCGACCACAUCACAGGCACAGGGCUAAUCAAGGAGAAGAUACCAGAGUGCAGGAGCGCAAUCAGCGCUGCCGGGAAGGCCAAGGCUGAUGUGCAACUCCACGAGGGCGAUAAAGUGAAGUUCGGGAGAUACGAGAUCGAGGCCCGUAGCACGCCUGGUCACACUAAUGGCUGUAUGACGUUCGUGUUCCAUGAGAAAGGCAUGGUGUUCACGGGGGAUGCCAUACUCAUCAAGGGAUGCGGACGGACAGACUUUCAAGAAGGCAACUCUGCGACUUUGUACGACUCUGUUCACAAGAAGAUCCUCAGUUUACCAGAUCACUUCUGCCUUUACCCGGCUCAUGAUUACACAGGGCAAAUGGUGACUACAGUCGCGGAAGAGAAGCAGUUAAACCCUCGACUCACAAAGUCCCGGGAGGAGUUCAUAAAGAUCAUGUCAAACCUUAACCUGCCUUACCCGAAACAGAUAGACAAGGCCUUGCCCGCAAACUUACUUUGUGGAAUUCAGCCGUAAAACCCCCAAUCAUUCCAUUUGCUUGAGACCACUUGAAGACAUCUUCCUGUGCGAUGAUGUUUUGGGCGCAAGCCCCUAAAUUGACUUGCAGCUGACCUUGCCUCGGUUACAUCUCUCCAUUGAGUGAUGCACUCUCAUGAAAUUCAACUGACUUUCUUUUUGUGUACUUAGUUGACUAAUUUUGUGAUGGAUUUGUUUUGUGUAGUAUACAAAUGGUAUUCAUAUUUUAUACAGCUCAGCUGUAAUGUCUGUAAACUAACUGUACAGUCCUAGAAUAUCUGUAUAUAAACACUGGGCUAGAAUUAAACUCCUACCAGAUUAUUUGAUCUUUGUUCUGGGUAAACUGGGCUAAAUGCAUGUGCGUAACGUGUCGUCUCAGAUAAGCGUGUGCAGUACGCACAGGUUAAUCGGGGACAACACUUUCCGUCUAAACAGGAUUUUCAUUAAGAAGAGACUUCCUUUAAACAAAAAAAAAUACAUAAAUUUAGAAAGUGUCGUCCCUUAUUAGCCUGUGUGGACCCUAAAGGCUUAUCAGAGACGACAUUUUAUGCACAUGCAUUAAGCCCAGUUUUCCCAAAACAAGGCUAAUUAUGUUUGCGUAGCAAUUGGUUGAAACAUCAAUUAAAAACUGCUGUUCUUAUUUAAAACCCAUUUGUUUUAUUAUCAAACAUAGGUAGCCUUAUCUGCUCUCAUAUUUUCCGGUUAUAUCGUCAAUGAUGCGUGAAUGGAACUAAAUAAGCAGUUUGUAAAAAUACCAAUUGAAAGUCGUGGUUUCUUUUGUUUAUUGUAAAAAAAAUAGCCAAGUGUAAAAAUAGCAUGUUUUUAGUCAACACUUUGACCAAAAAAAUAAUUUCUGAUAUAUAUCAAAAUUGUGUUGAUUUCACAAUAGAUAUAAAUAUGAACAUAUUGUUAUGUACAUUUCUGAAAUCUGAUACUUUUAAGAUGUUCAUUGUAAGGCCUGCUUUAAAUGAAUAAGAAGUGUCGACUUUUCUUUUUUUGCGAUUAGUAAAGCAUUUGUAACAAGUUGUUGAACCAUUACUUGUUAAACUUUAGUUUUAGCUGUAAUUUGCUCACACACAUCUACCAUUGCUUUUGUUCUAUUUUACAAUUUACGAAUUUCGUUUUGCUAUUCUUGAUUAAUUUACAUGCAUAAAAAGUGCUUAUAUGUAUGUUAUAAUAUUCAUGAAUUUGUUUUCUUGGGUAUUGUUUAUUUCUAAUUGAGUGCACAUGUCUUACAAAAAUGCAAUGUAUGUACCAUAUGUACAUUUGAACUUGUCUUUUAUUAUGGAACCAAUUCCUGUCCCAAAGGAACGUAAUGCAUGUCCAUUAACAAAGAUGAUAAAAAACACCAAUUUUU